CUCAACGACGCCCACUUCGACGCUACGGCAGCAGCUCUCGACCAGAUCACUGACCAAGCUGCCGGCCCUGAAGAUCCCAAGAACACCCUACACACACCCUCCAACCACGAAAAGUCGCACAAAUGGCUCAAGCGCAUCUUCCCCUACGACAGCCUCGAGUCAAUGGAGUCGGCCUGGCACAUGGGCAACUACGUCAUGGACCGCGAGACUGGCCAAAAGACCUUUGAGCCCAUGAGCAUCUAUGUGCGUGUGGGGAUGCAUGCUCUGUACUAUGGGUCCGAGCAAGAAAAAGCCCUGCACUGGAAACGCACUGUCAAGCUGUUGGAAGACCAGAGCAAGAAGAUGGGAAAGCAAUAUGACGACCCUGCUAGUGUUGACCACAUUGUGCCUUUCAUUCAGAGCUUCGAUUUGCAGGAGAGUAUGUCAGAGAUGAAGGAGCCAAACCCAGCUAAGUACAAGAACUUCAACGAGUUCUUCUCGAGAGAGAUCCGCGAGGACGCUAGACCAAUUGACGAGCCAGGAAACGUGAACUGCCGUCUGACAGCUUUCCCUACCGUUGACCUCGCAACCAAGUACUGGAUCAAAGGCUUCGGCUUCACCAUCGAGAAACUCCUCAACUCUUCUCAGCUCGCAUCCUCCUUCGACAAUGGCGCCAUCGUGAUAGCUCGUCUUGCCCCUCAAGAUUACCACCGUUGGCACUCACCCGUCUCUGGCACCAUCGAGAGCAUCACCGAGAUUCCCGGUGCCUACUACACCGUGAAUCCACAAGCAAUCAACGAAGCAGGCACGCUGGACGUGUUCUGCGAGAACAGACGCAGUGUCAUGAUUGUGCGACGCUCUGGCAGCAACUCAAGAGUCGCCAUCAUCGCCGUGGGUGCCAUGUUGGUCGGAAGCAUCAAGUACAACCCUGGCAUCGAUGUCGGCAGAGAAAUCAGAAGAGGCGAGUGCUUGGGCGCUUUCCAAUACGGAGGCAGUACAGUGAUCAACCUGUACCAACAAGGUGAUGUUACCUUGGACGAGGAUUUGGUUCUGNNCAAUUCCACAAAGGAGGUUUGUGAGACUCUGGUCAAGGUUGGUUGGAGAGUUGGUGCAGGCCCUGGUACUUCUGCUUAG